UAGUUCCCAUUCUGACCAGAAUAGAUGUGCGUCACUAAUGUACGGGAGUUUCGAAGCGUUAUAGGAAAAAGGCCGCCGUGGCUAGGGUACUAUAUUAAGAAGGAAUAUGCAUCCGCCAUAUUGGCUCCUAGUCAGUGCCGGGAAUUCAAGCAAAGUAAAGGCAUCUAAUUUUGUUUUACAUAAAAUUUUGUGUUUUACGUAGACUUAAGUAAAUAAAAUGGGCGGUUGCAGUGCAAUAAAUUGUAAAAAUAGGAAUGAAGCCGGGUAUCAAACGUUUCGCUUUCCAAAAGAAGGCGAAAGAAGAAAGAAAUGGCUUAUAAACUGUCGGCGUAACAAAUGGAUGCCUUCCUCAAAUUCAAGAUUAUGCGAGAUUCACUUUGAAAGCUUUCAAUUUGAACAGAAUAGGCAAGAUGGGAUAAAAAAAUUAAAACCGAAUGCUAUACCAAUAUUAUUUAAUGUACCAAAUCCGCCAAAAAUGUUUAACAAUAUAAAACAAAAAAGGAGUGCCGAUCCUAUUUGCAUGAAAUUUCCUUUGAUACUACAAUACAAUUCAAGUAUUUCUUGCUCUGACGAAAAUGGUGCUCACUCCAAUUCUAUUUCUACAAAUAAUUCAAAUGGUCCUAAUAUCUCAAAAAAUUACGGAAUAAAGUAUAAAUCAAGAUCCACUCUUCUUGAAGUGAGUAGUUCAUCAAAUUCACAUACUAUUGGAGUACCUGAAAAAGAAAAUGUUAAAGCAUCAGUUAAGCCACAGUUCAACUGUAAUUUGCAAUAUGUUUCAACAAGAAAAUAUGCAAUUAAAACAGGAACUAAAUAAGGCCAAAGAAAUUUAAAAAAUAUGUUUCUCUGAAGAACAAGUUAAAGCACUGCAAAGCGGUACAAAAAUAAAAUGGAGUAAUGAGGCUAUAUCACAAGCUUUAAGAAUGCGUUUUGCUCUCGGACUUCAUGGAUAUAAUUAUUUAAGAUUAAAUUGCAAAUAUCCACUUCCUCAUUAUUCUACUGUGACGCGAAGAAUUGCAAAUAUUAAGAUCGACUUCGGAAUUUUUUAUGAUUUGUUAGAUCCUUUGAAAUCUAAAAUUGAUGGGUUACAUCCUAAUGCUAAAGAUUGUAUAGUUU